UUCCAUUUUCUAGGCACACAAGCUUGUUCUCAGCUCAUGCAGUUCCUUCUUCAAAAAUAUUCUCAAGGAAAAUCCACACCAGCACCCUCUACUCUAUAUGAGAAAUGUUAGUUUUCAUGAACUUCAGGCAAUAGUUGAUUUCAUGUACUUCGGAGAAGUAAAUAUCGAACAGGAGAACCUAAGUUCCUUCCUUGCUGUUACUGAAGAGCUUCAAAUCCAUGGACUCAGUGGAAAUAUAAAUCAAGAAACUAAGAAGGAAGGGAGCCGAAAGCGUGAUAAGCCCUGCUCUGACUCCUUCCAGUCGAGUCCCAUGAAAAAGAUGAGAUCUCCGUCCCGCCGCCUUUCAUCACCACCACCUCCUCCUCCUCCAUCUACUACUACAUCAUCUUCUUCUAUCCGUAAACCAUUCCUUAGUUCGCUCAAUCAGCAGGAUGUAGAUACUGGCAUAUUGCAUGUAGAAGAUCUUAAACAAGAAGUAAUAUUGGAACCGGAUUCUAUAGCUACUGAUCCAGGGAGAAUGUUGGAGACACACAACUCUGACCUGCACCUUGCACAUCAGGAAUACCAGGUUGCUGACGAAAGUGAUAUUUACGGAGAGGAUGGAUAUGAUUAUGAUAUGGAUAUGGACGGAUCAAAUCAAGGGCUGGAAGGAGGGCUUGAGGGAACCUACGGUGAUGUCCCAUACCACUCUUUAAUACAGACUGAGGACGGCUUUAUCUGUAAACUCUGUGGCAAAACCUUCACUAAGAGUCAGAAUGCACGACGGCAUUUGCGCAAUGCGCACGUGAGCCAGCCAAUGACUUGCAGUUUUUGUAAUAAAACACUAAAGAAUGAAAGAACUUAUAAAAUGCAUGUUUCGUUAAAUCAUACUGACAAACAAUGAUUUGCCUAUUUAUCAAUGAAUCAAUAAAAUUAAAAAUUAAGGAUAACGUCUUCUUAACUUUGAAAAAAACUGGGCAGCAUUUUAACAAUCAGCAGAUAUUGAUUCAUUGAUUUAUUAUAUAUUGUUAAAUACCAGGGUAUACUUUGUUAAAACUGUUA